AUGGAGCCAAUUGUGGAGGGCCAGCCCAUUGUGGAGGGCCAGCCCAUUGUGGAGGGCCAGCCCAUUGUGGACGGCCAGCCCAUUGUCCUCGAGAACAAGGCACUCCGGCAUAAAGGUCUCACCAGAACAAAGUCAGCGUCACCAGUAGUCAUUGCCGAGGAGACCCCUGGUGAAGCGCAAGCUCGUUUGAUCGAACUCAGAUCGGUUCUGGCCACUGGUCGAAGUUCCUCGCUCAUGCUUGAGAAAGUGGCCUUGCGAAGCGCAGCUUGA